UCUGCGUCAUUCAGCAAGGAAUGCGUUUCCAAGUGUACGUGUCCGGUCCCAGCCGUGGCUACGUCCUCGAGGUCUUCGACAACCACUUCGUGCUGCCAAACCUUGGUCCUAUCGGAGCCAACGGGCUGGCAAACCCUCGCGAUUUCAAGACCCCAACAGCUUGGUAUGAGGACCGGGACGUGAACGGCUUUGUGGUCGUCAGCAAGUACCAAGGUUGCCUGUUCCAGGCUUCUCAGAACCACUCUCCAUUCGACGUGGUCGCGUGGCAUGGCAACUAUGUCCCCUACAAGUAUGACCUGUCCAAGUUCAACACCGUCAACACCGUCUCCUACGACCACUGCGACCCCUCGAUCUUCACGGUGCUCACUUGCCCAUCGACCAAGCCGGGCACGGCCAUCGCCGACUUCGUCAUCUUCCCGCCACGUUGGUCGGUAGCCGAGAACACCUUCAGACCCCCUUACUAUCACCGGAACUGCAUGAGUGAGUUCAUGGGUCUUAUCACCGGGAAGUAUGAAGCCAAGGAGACGGGCUUCCAGUGCGGCGGCGCUAGCCUGCACAGCAUGAUGACCCCUCACGGGCCAGACGUGGACUGCUUCGAGCAGGCAUCCAAGGCCAAGCUGGCCCCGCAGCGCAUCGGGGAUGGAUGCAUGGCGUUCAUGUUCGAGAGCUCCCUGAGCAUGGCGGUGACGCCGUGGGCCGAGCACGAGUCGCAGGCGCUCGACAAGGAGUACUACACCUGCUGGCAGGGACUGCGCAAGAACUUCGACCCCAGCUGGAAGCCGUAGUACGAGUACAGCAAUGUCGGUGUCAUCCGCAUGUGCCUCGCCGCGUCGCAGCUGCCUUACGCUCAGCAAUAAAGUGUGACGCUUGUUUUCGUAUAAUGGU